AAAAUGAAAGCAAAGCGUCCGGAGAUAAAUAAGAGCAGCCUCGGCACAACGGCAGCAGAGCGCGUCCUGCUCCCCCGCCGUGCCCAGCUCAACACCCACAGCACCCACCAUGGCUCUGCGUCUUCUCCUGCCGCUGCUGCUGCUGGCUGCCACCCUGAUCACCGCCCAGGCGCAAGGCACUGGCAGCUCAGCCUUGGACUGCUGCCUGAAGCACAGCAAGAAAGCCGUCCCCAGAAACUUGGUGAAGUCCUACCGCCUCCAGGGACCGGAGUUGGGAUGUAUGUUGCAUGCUGUCGUGUUUACCACCAAAGGGAACAAGAAAAUCUGUGCCUCUCCCAACGACCCUAACAACCAGAAGCUGAUGCAGAACCUGGACAAGAAGGUCCAAAGCAACAAACAGGGCAAGCCCCCACGUCCCAGGGGCAGACCCAGGCGGCAGAAGCGACAGCGGGUCUAACUAAGUCAGGCCUGAAGAGGACGGAUGCCUUCCACACCAAUGACCGACCCAUCGCCCGGCAAUGGACACCCGCAGACCACCCACCCACCCAUCAGCCCCGGGCGAGGAUGGGGCUGGCUGAGGGGGCUGCCCACUGCUCCGCAGCCCCCUCGGCACUGCCGUGUCUGCCACAGAGAUCCCCCAGCCAGGACCCCCUGCACUGGCUGGGUGCUCUUGGUGGCGGGAACACCCAGGUCCUCACUCUCCCCAUGACCACGCCAGAGGGGACAUGGAGCCAUAUGGGAGCUGAGCCGCAUCACCCCACUGGGGGGAGGUGGGACGCCUUCCCACCAGAGGGGAUUUUCUGUAGCCUGGCAGGGUGGCAGCUUUUCCUAUGAGUAUUUUUUUAGGGGGAUUUUAUACAUUUGUAUUUAUACGUAAAGACUGUGCUUUCAUUCACUCUUCCUGGAAGGCUCUACUUCUGGCUCCUUGUGCUUCACAGAGUACCCUUUAUGCUGCAGGCUGGCUUUUCUGGAAGAUUGCUCUUAUUUUUCUACCAAAUGAAUGAUGGCUGCUUUUCAUUUUUGUCCCACUUCUUUGCUCCUUUUCAGCUUUUAGGGCUGUGGGGUGCCAGGCAGGUCUCAUGUCCCCAGGCUGCUUGCUGGCUGCUUUCCCUCAGGGCAAUUAAUUGUGGCUGAGAUAGAGAGUUUGGGGACAACUGGGGUGACAGUGUGGCUGCACUUCUGGGCAGUUCUAGGCUUUCCCUUUGGCUUUUAAAACACACUGUUGCAGUUUGGAGGAAGACAGCCAGGAUUCGCCCUUUCCGUUUUUAAAAUACAUUUUAAAAAAAAAAAUUUUAGGUAAAAAAUUGCAAUGAAAUCAGAACAAAUAAUUCAUUUUACUGGCAUCUUACGCCUUUAUCCCUCUUGGUUUUGCUGUUUUCAGAGAUUCGAACAUUAUUAAGCCAAAUGCUUAGUCUUCUGGAAAAGCAACAAAAGGAAAUUUAUAUACUUUCUUCCCAAGUCUGAAAAGCCCAUGUGGUGAAAACUGUGCAAGUGAGGCUGUGCAGGUGGGGAAAGGAAGACUUUACAAAAUCCAUUGCAGACACGCUGCCGCCAUUUGAGAGCAGCUCCAUCCCAAACCUUUAGUAAAAUGAGAAGUCACUAACCUGAGGACAGAAUAGGUAAGGCUGUGAAUAGAGGGGGCACAGACCUCUGGGACAGGGCUGGCGGGGAAAUGGCAUCUCCCUGUGCUUGCAAACCCCCUCCAGCCCGCUGAGAAGGAGCAAAUUGAAGUGCUGUAUGGCAGCCACAGUGCUAUCUGCUUGCAGAGGCUUCAGACGUGGACUUUGGUCAGUAAAGGUCUAUUAAAUCAUAUAAUUGCAAUAAUAGGAUUUGCAGGGCUUAACAGUAUCAGCAAAGGCUGUGUGUUGCCUGGAGUAAAGCUUCUAGCCAAGUGUGUCUAUCAAGCACGUUUAUCUGGCUCUAUUGCUUUAUUAGGCGGGCGUUUAUGUCUAUUAUUUUGAGGCUGUGUAAAGAAACUGUGAAGUCCAAGAUACUGGCCCGAAGCAGGGGCCGUGCGCUGAGCUGGCUCUGUGCUGCCCUCUCCUCCAUGUGGGAGGAUGCGGCCGUCUGCCAGAUCGGCUUUUGGACAGGAUGCGAGGCAAUAAAAAUAUAUCCUUUACAAACCAAA